AUUUUGAUAUUUAGACAGUUAAGAAAAGAAAUCGGUGGCUGUCUCUGUCUGUGGCGGGGAACGAUAUCUACUGAUUAGAGUGCGAACUCUCAAGUCUGAACCCAAAAACCCUGAAACCUUGGGUUGGUGCCGAGUCCAAUCCAAUCCAAACCAAUCCAAUUGAAACCAAACUCCAAUCUCAUGGAGUCGGUUCUUUUCCAUCUCGACACCCUCCUUCUCCCUACUCUUCCCUCCGUCACUCACCGCUCUCUUCGCCGCCCUCUGGCCUCCGCUUCUUUCCACCGCUCCACUCCUCUUCCAAGACUUCGCGCCUCGCCGCUUCUCGCUACCAACACCCUCACCGCUAACCCUGUCUCUCCAAGAAGUGGAGUAUACACUGUUGGUGACUUUAUGACAAAGAAAGAGGAUUUAUAUGUGGUGAAGCCAACGACAUCUGUGGACGAAGCCUUGGAAACUCUUGUUGAACACAGGAUAACUGGUUUUCCUGUGAUUGAUGAUAACUGGAAACUAGUUGGUGUUAUUUCAGACUACGACUUGUUAGCACUGGACUCUAUAUCAGGUCAUGGGCGAACAGAUAACAGCAUGUUUCCAGAAGUUGACAGUUCUUGGAAAACUUUCAAUGAGGUUCAGAAACUGCUGAGUAAGACAAAUGGAAAGUUGAUUGGGGAAUUAAUGACCACUGCCCCUAUGGUCGUUCGGGAGACCACCAAUCUCGAAGAUGCUGCAAGGUUGUUGCUAGAAACCAAAUUUCGACGCCUCCCAGUUGUAGAUGCGGAGGGUAGACUGAGGGAAUGUUGUGAGAGCAGCACUUCAAAUCAAACGAGAGAACCAAAAGAAAACAUGAUAUGGUUUAGAAGAUCAUCCGAAAAAAUGUUGCUGGAUUUCACGCAGUAACUCGAUUGAAGUGUUUACAGAAGCUUGCCUGAAAUAGAAUUAAAAUUUUUAGCUUAGGCAUGUAUAUCUUAUAUUGUUUUACACCAAAUUUGUCAUUGACAAUAUUUUGAUAAGGCGAUUAUUCUUAAUGCUCUCAUCGUAAUUUAUAAGGGUCGCUUGCUGACGAUGAUGUUGAAAAUGCUGUGAAUUCGCAGCAUUAAUCAUUUGUUGAAGACUUAAAGAUAUUGUAGACUCAUAUUUCAACCGGCAUUAAUCUACCUCCACCACUAUAUAC